UUUCAAUCAUACAAGAUGACUGCUCGAAUCUAUCAAGUCCUGCCUGAGUAACCACGUUUACAGACAUUUCAUGUCUUAAAGAUACAGGCCAUAUCAUUAAUACAAUCGAAUCAGACAAGCAGAAUAAGGAAACAAUUUAUUUAUGCUAAGUUUUACAAACUAAUUAUUCGGAAUCGUCUGCUCAGGGCGGCCACCUAUACAGUACACCAAACCGAACCUUCUUUCUACUAAUUUGUUCUACAGUACAACAAUUAAAAGCCGUCAUGGGAGACUGGGGGUUUCUCUCCGCUUUACUGGACAAGGUCCAGUCCCACUCCACCGUCAUCGGCAAGAUAUGGAUGAGCGUCCUCUUCAUCUUCAGGAUCCUGGUUUUGGGAGCCGGAGCAGAAAACGUGUGGGGGGACGAGCGCUCAAACUUAAUAUGCAACACCAACACACCCGGUUGCGAGAACGUGUGCUAUGACUGGAAGUUCCCCAUCUCACAUAUUCGCUUCUGGGUCAUGCAGAUCAUCUUCAUCUCGACUCCAACUCUGGUGUAUCUGGGCCACGUGGUGCACGUCAUUCACCAGGAGAAUAAGCUGAGAGAGGAGCUUAAAAGAAACCCUAUGGCAAAGUCACCCAAGUAUACCGAUGAAAACGGUAAAGUUGUGAUCAAAGGAAACAUGCUAGGCAGUUACCUGACUCAACUGUUUGUUAAAAUCAUAUUAGAGGUCGCCUUCAUCGUUGGACAAUAUUAUCUGUUCGGAUUCAUCAUGGAACCUAAGUUCCACUGUAACAUUUCACCGUGUACGGUUGUGACAGAGUGUUUCAUGUCUAGGCCCACAGAGAAAACCAUUUUCAUUAUUUUCAUGCUUGUGGUGGCUUGUAUAUCUCUAGCUUUAAAUGUGCUAGAGAUAUUUUAUUUGUGCUGUAAGAGGAUAACCAGGAGAAACCACAAAUAUGGGGAGGCGUAUGCCCACGAUUCCCGAUAUCCCUCAUCAUAUCCGGUAGAACUUGAGCCUGUUAAUGGGAUGAAGCACAAUGAGAUAAACAUGGCUCUUCAGAACAGGUGGGGUCAAAGGAAAAUCAGCUUGGACGGAGCCCAACCUGAGCGUUAAAUGUUGAUGUGCUAGAUCAUUCAUGUCAUGAAAUAUUUCUGAGAACAUACAUUCACCUCAUAUACUUAACAUGAACCAUUUUAAUACAAUUAAGAUAACAACAGGGCUAUAAAUAAAAAGCUGUAACUUUUGCACUUGUACACGAGAUGGCGCUAUACUCUUUUAGAGUUGCACACUAACUUCUUUUGUCACUACAAGGCCAGUGAUUUUUCCAGUUUCAGUCUACAACGAAAAUAACCAAUUAAAUUAAAUAAAAUCUUUCUAUGAACUAUAGAUUGGAUUCAUGUAUUUGUUAAAAAUCAAGUUAAUGUAAAUUAUGUUUGGUCCUCGUUAAGAAAAUAAACACCUGGGUAAAUUUGUAGAUAAAGAUCUAUUGAAGCUGGAUCAGAAUUGUCAAAUU